GCACAUCUCUGGUAUCAGGAACUGAGCAGCAAAGUGGAGCCGAGGAGAAAAAGUAGCGGCAUCAAAACAACAGGAAUUGUCUCGGAAUUUGAUGAAUUCUGCCAUGAAGCUGUGAUCACAAAGGCUGAAUAGCGAGCUCGAAGGCCCUUCCAGCCGAUGUAAAAUGAGAUAACUGGCUAUUUCUUGGAUUCGCUUUUCGAAGUUUUCGUGGGAGAAGUUAGCCGCUGGAGGGCUAGACUUCAACGGCUUCUUCUGUCUGACACAGAGCCACGCCACAAAGAGAGAAGACAUGGUGUCCUGGAUUAUUUCGAGAAGCGUUGUGCUGCUGUUCGGGACGCUGUACCCAGCCUAUUACUCCUACAAAGCUGUCAAGACCAAAAAUGUCAAGGAAUAUGUCCGAUGGAUGAUGUACUGGAUUGUGUUUGCCCUGUAUACUGUUGUAGAGACCAUCACUGAUUUAACCCUGGCAUGGUUCCCUCUGUACUAUGAGCUGAAGAUAGCUUUUGUCAUCUGGCUGCUGUCUCCAUACACCAGAGGAGCCAGUCUCAUCUACAGGAAGUGUCUGCACCCUCUGCUGUCGUCUCGAGAACGAGAGAUAGAUGACUACAUUGUGCAGGCCAAAGAGAGGAGCUAUGAGACCAUGGUGAACUUUGGCAAACAGGGGCUGAGCAUCGCUGCCACUGCUGCUGUCACUGCGGCUGUGAAGGGCCAGGGGGCCAUAACAGAAAAGCUGCGCAGCCUGAGCAUGCAUGACCUCACACAGAUAGGCCAGCAGGACGACAGGGGGAACCAGCUGUACCAGUACAGCUCCCAGUCAGCUAACCCGGCCAGCCGGAGGGCUCAGAGCACCGACGCUGCUGACGGAGAAGAGUACCUGUAUGAGCAGGAGGACCGGACAGAUGAUGAGAACGAGCCCAUCUUCUCUGAGGACGAGGCGGUCAGCCAGAAGGGGCUGAGGCGCUCGCAGAGCGUCAAGAUCACCAGAUCCAAAGUCCGCAAAGACGCUCGCUACGGCUCCCUGAAGAUCAAAGGCAAGAAGAGGCCCGCUCUGAGCGCCGCCUCCUACGGGAUGUAGGGGGGAGGCGGGGGGGCCCGGCCCGGACGCCUGUCUGCCUGUGCUCAGCUCCUCUGGUGGGGGGGCUCCCGGUGACCUAUUUAUUACCUGAUUCUUCCAAAGCCAGCAGCGGGGAUCAGGGGGUGUGGGCUUCUUUUGUAUGGAUUAUAUGUGUGGAGUUUUGGUUUUUAAGUAGAAUUUUACAGUGUUAGUCUUUUUGUUCUUAUUUUAGAUCCACGUUUUUGUCGUUUCACACAGCGUAAGUGAAAGCACCUCCUCUCUCUCCUAGUUCUCACUAAACUGAAACUAACAGCCCAGCUACUGGGAGUCCCUUAAACCUGCUUUCUGUCUUAACCCGGGCAGCCGGGGGGGUCCUGUCCAGCUCCAUGUAGCCCCACAGCCUCAGUCCAUGUGGGGCCAGCUCUAAAUGCUGUUACUGGUCCCCUGCCUUAACCCAGUGCUCUCUGAGAGGGGGGCCAGCAAAGAUGUGUGGAUGUUUUUAACAAUGUUUUGAUAGCAGUUGUGCUGGUGCUGCCUUUAAGGAGCUGAUUCCACCUUUAGGGACACACGGAGAGCAGAUUCUGGCACUCCCCAUCAUAGUGCUGACAGUAGGACCUUUUGGACCUGAGCAGAGAUGAGGAUGGGGUCUGAGUGGGGACUUUCACCCACCAGCAGUGAACACUAUUGCUACUUCUUUUCAAAGAGGUGAUAAAGAGAAGGGGGGGCGGGGUAACUAGAGGAAUGGAGGAGGGAGGUCCUACUGGAUCUCAGAGAACGGCUGACUGUGACAGCCUGCUUUCUCUCUUUUUACAGGAUUUGUUGUUUCACUCCGUUUGUAUGAAUGUAUUUUGAUAUGCUUUUGUGUUCUAGACAUAAUUCGCAUCAUUGACAAUUAGAUUCCAGUAUGUCUUUGUGUACGAUCCAAAGUCUUUUAACUAACUGACUUGCACAGAUACCUCUCAAACGUUUUCUAAAUCUGUGCUACAAGAUGUGAGGGGCAGAGCAGAACCUGGGGCGGCGGGAACCGCCUCUGGUGCUGACUAACACGGCCCAGGCCUCCAUAGGACAGCUCAGAGAAGCUUUGCUGUAGGGACACGCCUCUGACUGCUGGCUGAUGAGGAGGAACCCUUAAACGUUAGUGUCUCUUGUCCAGCAUCAUGUCCUGCUCCUGUUGGCCGUGUUUUACACUCCUGAACAUCCUUUUGUUGCUUGCUAAAGUGCAGCAGGAAGCCAAACCUCUUUAUGUCUCGGGGUCCAUUUAUUACUAAAAGCUGGUCAGUAUAACCAAAGUGUUUUGUACUCGCAUGGAGCUCUGUGGUCAUGUUUGUGUGAUCAGUGUUUGGACCAUCUGUCUGCUGAGGUAAACCUACCAUACAAUAAAAAUCUGCCUGAAAAUAAACAUCCAUCCUUUAUCCUAACCUCUUA